AUGCAGCUCAAUGGAUAUAUCCCUGAUACCAUUGUUUAUAAUUCUCUACUAGAUGGGUUAUUCAAGGCCAGGAAGGUUAAUGAUGGCUGCCAGUUAUUUGAGAAAAUGGUUCAGAAUGGGGUGAGAGCCUCGACUUGGACGUAUAAUAUUCUCAUUGAUGGUUUGUUCAGGAAUGGAAGGGCAGAGGCUGCAUACACACUAUUUUGUGACUUAAAGAAGAAGGGUCAGUUUGUCGAUGGUGUAACAUAUAGCAUUGUGGUUUUGCAACUUUGUAAGGAGGGCGUGCUUGAGGAAGCACUAGGAUUGGUGGAAGAAAUGGAAAGGAGAGGCUUUACUGUCGAUUUAGUUACUAUUUCGUCACUUGUGAUUGCGCUGUAUAAAGAAGGACGGUGGGAUUGGACGGAGAAGCUCAUGAAGCACAUUAGAGAUGGUAACCUAGGGCCAAGGGUUCUUAAAUGGAAGGUUGAUAUGGAGGCUUCACUGAAAAAUCCAAAUAGAAAGGACUAUACACCAUUGUUCCCAAGUAAAGGCGACUUGAGCGAGAUUAUGAGUUUAAUAAAGUCUGCUGAAUCAACAAUGGAUGCAGACCUAGAUUCAGAGGCUGCCAGGGUUAAAGAAGAUGAUAAGAAUUUGUCCACCGAUACUGAUCAGUGGUCAUCAUCUCCACAUAUGGAUCAAUUGGCUAAUCAACUUAAGUCCACCGACCACUCCUCGCAGCUGUUUUCAUUGUCCAGGGGGCAAAGAGUUCAAGCUAAAGGGGAAAGCACUUUUGAUUUUGACAUGGUUAAUACUUUUUUGUCCUUAUUCUUGGCCAAGGGAAAGCUGAGCAUGCCAUGCAAAUUGUUUGAGAUUUUCAGUGACCUUGGUGAAAACCCCGGUGGUUAUCUUGACGUGAUUAUGUACAACACCUUGAUUAAUGCACUAGGGAAGGCUAGCAGGAUUGAUGAAGUAAACAAGCUCUUUGAGCAGAUGAAGAGUAGUGAUAUAAAUCCUGAUGUUGUCAAUUUUAAUACACUUUUUGAAGUUCAUAGCAAAGCAGGUUGGCUAAAAGAUGGAUAUAAGUUUUUGAAAAUGAUGCUCGAUGCAGGUUGCACCCCAAACCAUGUUACUGACACGACUUUAGAUUUUCUGGGCAAGGAGAUUGAGAAAAUGAAGUACCAGAAGGCAUCCAUGGUGCGCAGCAAGGAUGACUGA